GAGUCGUGCUAUUGCGUCUCAGUGCAGCCCCCUGCUCUGGAACAGCCCGAACAUCCAAAUUUCUCUCUCGAGUCCGUUGAAAAAUCGAAGAGAGGCGCAACAAUAACACUCGCUCGCUCGCGGGCGGCUCUCUGUCAAAAUAAACAGUUAACAAGACGAACGUAGUGAUAAGGCCGGGCUGAUCAAAUUGCUUUGUGUGCAAAAGUGUUAAUCUUUUCGGGGCAUUACUAAUAGAUCCCAGUGCAGAAACAACGACCUGCUGUAGAGCUCCUCAAACACCUUCACUAACUUCUGUAAUUUCGUUUAGGCCCUGGCAGUUGACGAAAAUGUACUGUGACGCGGCUCAGGAUACGCCGAAGCGGCGGAUAAAACUGCGUUGCGGCUUUCCAUCUAUAGUUGUGGUUUCCCUUCUCCUACUCUUCCAAUGCGGUGGUUCUACGGCCAAUCAGCUGAACUUUUCCACCACAGAAUGCAAGCUCAAGGAACCCAUUUAUGGCAAUACAUUCGACUUUAGUGCCCUCCACUCGGACCUCGCACAUGUGGUGACGAGUGCAGGCAAUGGGGAUGACAAAUUCGAGUUUAAUGUGUGCGGCAAUCUCACCAAGACGUGCAAUGGGGAGAGCAAUGUGGCGGCCUGUCUCAGGAAACAGGACAAGGAGUAUGUGCUGGGACGCCAACACGAGCUGCACUACUCGAAAGGCAAAAUGUACUUUGAAUAUUUAAGCGGUGCCAAAUGCGAAAAUGGUACUGCAGAAAAACCAAACUAUCAGCUUCAUGUGAUCCUCAGCUGCGAUUACACCUUGGAUGCCAGUCCCCUGCAUAUUACGCGAUAUGCCAACGAUGCCUGUUCCUUUUACAUUACCUACGAGACGCCGCUGGCCUGCCUGCCCAUUCCGGAUGCGGUGCAGUCGAACAGCUGCAGCGUGAGGGACACCAAAACGGAUGGAACAUUCGAUCUGCUGCCCUUGAGCGACACCAAUUAUAGGACCAGCAAUCGGCAGGGCUCUGUGUUUCUGAUUAACGUGUGCAAGCCCGUGCUUUAUGGCGAGAAUAGCAUGUGUCCGCCUGGCAGCAGCAUAUGCCUCUACUCUCUCCAAGCCACAAAUAACUCAGAGCGAUUCAUCAAUUACGGCACUGUGCAGUCGCAUCCAGUUGUGGAGAACGGACAGCUCCUGCUGCGGCACGAGUCGCCGACGCCGUGUGCUCGGAAUUCCAGCGUGAAUUACACCAGUGUCAUUUACUUUAGCUGUGACAAGACCGUAAUGAAUGCGCAUCCUGAGUUCGCGGGCCUCGGAGCGGAUGAGUGCACGUACCAGUUCAAUUUUGUAACGCCGCUGGCCUGCAAUGAUCUCAAGCCCUGCACGGCACUUACCUCCACAAAUGAGCUCUUGGACCUCAGUUCGCUUAGUAGCCAGCCAGCGCAUCACUUGUCCAAAGAUGGUCGCAACUACACGGUAGCCGUGUGCGCCAGUGCAGGAAAUCCCUGCCAGGAAAAUGGCGGCGCCUGCUACGAACAGAAUUCGGAGACCAUCAGCCUGGGCAACGUCAAUUCGCAUCUGCGCUUCAAUCAGAGCGGCUCGCUCUAUUUGCUCUACGAGAAUGGCGCCAAAUGUCCAACUGGAUCGGGCACUACGUCGCUCUGGUCGACUAAAAUCGAAUUUGUCUGUGCGAACAAUGCCACAAAGGACAAUGGCACCGCCGGCGGUGGAAACGGCAAUGCUCUGCAAAUAAUUGAGGACUCCAAUUGUCAGCUGUUGAUCCAAUAUCAGACACCGUACGCCUGCCAGGAGCAGAUUAAAUGCAAGACCACCAUCUAUGUGGACCACACCACCGACGGCGUUGGAAGCAGCGGGGACGAGCUGAUCGACUUGACGCCCUUGAUUAGCGCCAGCGACAACUACGAGGCACGGGUGGACCUGCCGGCCAGCAUGGAGCACCUGGUGCCCAAAACGACAAAGUUCUUUUUGAAUGUGUGCCGCCCAUUAGUGCCGAAAUACCAAUUAGGCUGUGCCGGCGGCUCUGGUGCCUGCAUGGCCAAAGUGGCGGCCUCCGGUGCCCCCGAGGAGGAGCAUAGUCUCGGAUUCCCUUUGGUUUCGCUGUCGCGUGUGAAUCGUACCUCCGCCGAGCUGCUGUACGUGAAGGGAGACCCCUGUCCCACGGACAAGAAGGCGGAGCUGUCCACACGCAUCCUGUUUAACUGCAAUAUGCGUGCGGGUCGUGGGCAACCCGUGCUCCGUUCGAUUGAGGACUGUGCCUAUGAUUUUGAAUGGGAGACGAAUGUCUUUUGCCCGCCGCACGAGUGCACUGUCAGUGCAGAGACCUGCGACCUGGUGCACGACGAGCUUGGUCAGCGAUUCAACUUCAAGAGUGCACCGUUCACCAAGGACGGAAAGAUCGAGGUGGACUACAACAAUACCAAGCUGUCGCUGGAUCUAUGCGGACAGCAUCGCAAGGCCAUGACGGACUAUUCCCAGGCGCUGGUCAACAUUUUCUUCACACACGAUGCCCCUAAUUGUGGCAAGGAAGGCACGAUGAAUGUCCAGAUACGUUUGAUAUGCAGCAACGAGACGCAGAGUUCCAGCACCAUCUCCAGUGACCAGCAAUGCAAUUUGCUUUAUGUACAGCGCACGCCGAGCAUCUGCCAGUUCCUGGCCCUCAGUGUGCCCCAGCAGGAUGCCGGAGGUGGCAGCAGCAGCAGCAGUGGCAGCUCCAGCAGUAGCACCAGCACCACCAGCACCACGACACAAGCAUCGCCAGCGGGUAAGCCAACCAAGGCAGCAGCCAUCUCGCCACCAGGCACGUCAGCCACGUCGACAACGACAACAUCAGCUGGCCCCGAGCCGGCGGCUGCUCCCAUCGGGCCAACGGCCUCCGUGGGCACCAUCCUGGCGGCCAUUCUAUCGGUGACAUUCUGUGUGACGUGCCUGGGACUGUUUGCCUUUUCGCCGGCGCGAAGGCAUCGCGUGCGUCGCCUCUUCCGGCGCAGCAACUCCGCCGUCAGAUAUUCCAGAGUACAGUCGAACGAGGAGGCCAAUCUGCUGCUGGAGCCCAAUGGCGAGUUUACCGAAAGCGAUGAUGACAUGCUGCUUUAGGUGGCAUCCAUGGCAACACGUCUUCGCCAUUAAAUGUGGAUAAUGUGGCAGAGACAAUGAAGGUGUACUUGGAGCCACGCAGCAGCCCAAAGUGCAGAAAAUUGAACACCAAAGACAUAACUGAAACCGGAACUGAUUGUGAGCUAAAAACAAAAGAAACUAAAACUGUAGUAAGGAAAUGUAGGGAUAAACCUUGAAUAAGAUUGAACAUGUGAAGAUGUGAGGAGAAGAGAACUGCUAAA